AGGCCGCGGCGAGGGGUGUACCGGCGGGUCCGAGUGCGUGGAAGACUGCCGCCACCGGCACUUCGACGACUACUGCAACGAGCAUUUCGGCAAGGCGUGCGUGGCCCAGAGGUUCCCCUUCUUCUACACGGGGGCGCCCGAGCUGGAGGUUCAGGAGUCCUUCUGCGUCCCCACCAACUGCAACAACGAGGUCGACAGGCAGGCGCUGCUGGGGUAUUUCAACUCAGAGUUUGUCAGCUAUCGCGUCGCCAGCUGGCACCUCGACUACAACAGGGCCACGCUGGAGUGCCCUGGGAACACCUCCGUAGUGGUCGCCAUCGUGAUCGUCCUCUUCUUCGCGUGCUGGUGCCCGUGCACUUGCGCCUACUUCCUGUUCAGGAGGCCCCGUGAACGGGGGAAGACGCUGAUCUCCCAGGCCGACAUGCAGAGGGCGAACCUGCAGACGGACGAGGGCAUGGGCAACACCUGGGGCUUCUCGCCCCGCCUCCAGCAGAGCAACCUGCGUGACGCCGGAAGAACAGAACACGAGGCGCCGCCGAUGAUGAACAACGGCUAGUGAUGCGCAGCGGCCGAGUAUCACCCCUCUUGGCAGGCCCCGCGCCAGACACUGGUGCCGUCGGGGGAGAGGCGUGCCCAUGCAUCCGUGCCUCGGUUCUGGCGCUUUGGUUCCCCCUCCUCCUCCUCCUCCUCCUCCUCCUCCUCCUUCUCCGCCUCCUUCAGGCUUUGAGUUGCGUAAGUCCUGUGCCAAUUCAGUCUCUGGUUGCGUAGUGCCGUUGCCCGAGUCUGAUUUGCAGAUUUGGCCACCAGUGCUUCGCCCUCUUUCUCUGCCGCGGUCCUCUGUCCUCUUUGGAGCCUCACUGACGUGCACAGCUCCCCAGGGCACGAUCCUUGUUAACAGAAGAUCGUCCUCCCCUCUCGGCAGACAGCACUUGCUUAGACGUGGCAAUCUCAGGGUGCAGAAAACCGUUACUGCGCUGCGACUAGCUUCGCCUGUUGGGCUCGCCAUUCUGCCAAUGAGCCCCAGAUGGCAGCGGUGCGUGAGCGAUUUGCAGUCAGGAUGCGGUGGCAAUCUUUCCCGCAAGGUCGUCCGGGUCUUUCCCGCAAGGCAGUCCGAGGAGCCUGCGGCAGGCCCUGCAGGAGGACGGAUCCACCGACCAGGCGCGCCUGGGGCGAUGGAGGAGGUCCCGCCGCGGCCCCCCAGGGGGGCUCCUCGUCCCUGCGAGGGGCGCCGAGCUCUCCCUCCGAGGGGCGCCGGCCCGAAGCCUCGCUCCGACUGGCGCGGCUCUUCCGCGCAUUGGUCAUUGUGUUUGUGUCGUUGUUGGCUCCCC